GGGCGGUGCAAGGGGAAGCCCGAGCCCGCUCUCUCGGCCAAAGUGAACUUUAAUCGGGGCGGUUGGAUGCGGAGACGGGGCGGCAGGACCUGCUAGAAGUGGCCGAAGAUGAAUCCCCAGCAGCAGCGCAUGGCCGCUAUAGGGACCGACAAGGAGCUGAGCGACCUGCUGGACUUCAGUGAGAUGUCCCCCCCUGUUAAUAGUGGGAAAACCAGACCAACGACACUGGGAAGCAGUCAGUUCAGUGGAUCGGGUAUGGAUGAACGUGGAAGUACAACAUCUUGGGGAACAAGUGGUCAACCAAGCCCCUCUUAUGACUCAUCUAGAGGUUUUACAGACAACCCUCAUUACAGUGAUCGCUUGAAUGACAGUCAAUUAGGGGUCCCUGAAGGCUUGUCUCCAACACAUUUCAUGAACUCAAAUCUGAUGGGAAAAAUGUCAGAGAGAGGUUCAUUUUCCCUGUAUAGCAGAGAUACCAGAUUACCAGGCUGUCAAUCUAGUCUCCUGAGACAAGAUCUAGGGCUUGGAAGCCCAGCACAGCUGUCUUCUUCUGGAAAACCUGGGACACCAUACUACUCAUUCUCUGCCACAAGUUCCAGGAGAAGACCACUCCAUGACUCUGCAGCACUUGAUCCUUUGCAAGCAAAGAAAGUCAGAAAGGUGCCUCCUGGUUUGCCGCCUUCUGUAUAUGCACCAUCCCCAAAUUCAGAUGAUUUCAACCAUGAAUCUCCUAGUUAUCCAUCUCCCAAGCCACCAACCAGUAUGUUUGCUAGCACUUUCUUUAUGCAAGAUGGGACCCACAAGUCUUCUGACCUUUGGAGUUUAUCAAAUGGGAUGAGCCAGCCUGGUUUUGGUGGAAUUCUGGGGACCUCCACUUCUCACAUGUCUCAAUCCAGUAGUUAUGGCAGCCUUCAUUCACAUGACCGCUUGAGUUAUCCUCCACACUCAGGUUCACCAACAGACAUAAACACAAGUCUUCCACCAGUGUCCAGCUUCCAUCGCGGCAGUACCAGCAGUUCGCCUUAUGUUGCUGCCUCACACACUCCUCCCAUCAAUGGAUCAGAUAGCAUUCUAGGAACCAGAGGGAAUGCUGCUGGAAUCUCACAGACAGGUGAUGCACUUGGAAAGGCUUUGGCAUCUAUUUAUUCUCCUGACCAUACCAGUUUUCCAUCAAAUCUAUCAACACCAGUUGGAUCACCCUCACCUCUCACAGGUACCAGUCAAUGGCCCAGACCUGGAGGGCAAGCUCCUUCAUCCCCAAGCUAUGAAAACUCACUUCACUCCCUGCAGUCUCGAAUGGAGGAUCGUUUAGACAGACUGGAUGAUGCUAUCCAUGUGCUGCGGAACCAUGCCGUGGGACCUUCCACCAGUUUGCCUGCUGGUCACAGUGAUAUACACAGUUUAUUGGGACCAUCCCAUAGUGCACCAAUUGGAAGCCUCAGUUCAAAAUAUGGUGGAUCAAGCCUUGUUACAAGCAAUCGAUCUGCUUCAAUGGUUGGAACUCAUCGAGAAGACUCUGUCAGUCUCAAUGGCAAUCAUUCGGUCCUGUCUAGUACAGUCACUACUUCAAGCACAGACUUGAACCAUAAAACACAAGGAAAUUAUACAGGUGGCUUGCAAAGUCAGUCUGGAACUAUUGUUCCAGCAGAAAUCAAGACUGAAAAUAAAGAAAAAGACGAAAACUUUCAUGAACCUCCUUCAUCAGAUGACAUGAAAUCAGAUGACGAAUCCUCCCAAAAAGAUAUCAAGGUUUCAUCUAGAGGCAAAACAAGCAGUACUAAUGAAGAUGAGGAUUUGAACCCAGAACAGAAGAUAGAAAGAGAGAAGGAAAGGCGGAUGGCUAACAAUGCCAGAGAACGCUUGCAUGUGCGAGAUAUUAAUGAGGCAUUCAAAGAGCUUGGUCGAAUGUGUCAGCUUCAUUUAAAGAGUGAAAAACCCCAAACAAAACUCCUCAUUCUUCAUCAGGCUGUGGCAGUCAUCCUUAGUCUAGAACAGCAAGUCAGAGAGAGGAACCUUAACCCCAAAGCAGCCUGCCUUAAGAGAAGAGAAGAAGAAAAAGUUUCUGCCGUAUGGGCAGAGCCACCAACCACGCUGCCAGGAACCCAUCCUGGGCUUAGUGAAACUACCAACCCUAUGGGUCAUAUGUAAACAUCAGCCAGUUCCAGAGUUAUCAGUAGGCUAGAUAGAAGGUGACCUCUCCUCAUAAGGACUUGGACAACUCAGAUUAUCUGAAGACACAAACCCGAUAGGAGGCAGAAGAAAAAACAAAACACUUGAAGCAAGAAACUCAAAUAUAAUCCUAUGAUCAAAGGAACUGG